AUGUGGAUCAUGGACAACUAUCUAGUGUGUCUUCUUCUCGACUUCCCCCAGGUAUUCAAGCUCUUGGCAAUAAUGAAGGUCCCAGUCAGGCUAUGGUCCUGGAAGUGUUCAUGUUCAUUCUGGCUGGUCACACAUCUUACCAGAGCAAGUGGCGGAGGAUCAGAACCGUUGAUCCUAUCAUCGUCGAACACGUCGAGUCUGGUGAAGGCGGAUACCUCGAAUCUAAUCUUUGCAUCAUUUGCGGGACUACUCCAGCAAUGGCCAAAUACCUUUGCCUAUAGCGGUCACUCAAUCAUUCCCGGCCUGGUUCCGCGCUCGACGUUACUCUACCAUAGCAGUGCCGAUCCGCGCGGGCCGCCAACGGAGGGGCUCGAAUGGUUCGCCUUCGAUCCCGAGAUGAGCUAUGCGGUUGGAACCUAUCUUGCGCACGAUGGAUUUCAGCUCUACACAUUUUCAGCCGAGCGCGCUCUCCGGGUGAUUUACCUCGAUGGCCAGAGCGCUUCCCUCAUUACGCCCGGCUUUAUGGACUCGCAGUACGCCCUCAUCAACGGUUCCGUGCCCGAGCACUUCCUGGACAAGGGUCAUUAUGUAGAAGCCGAAUACGCGCGUGCUGCCGAGCUUUGUAAGAUCGGCGAGCAAUACGGCUUCGAGGGCGUGGUCAGGAUGAACACCGGCUUUGAACUGUUGUGGUGUGAUUUUAAAAAGGGCAUCCACCUUCUUGAUACGAUUAAUGCCUCGGACCCAUAUUCAGCCAAGACGUCGGCUUCCAAAUGGACGAGCCAAGCAACUACAAACUCAGGCAUGCUAGAGAAGCAAAAGGUGUCCCACCCGCCAUUUUAUUCAAGGGCCUCUUGGCUUUCUAUCCACUCGGCCGCUCAACAUUUCUUUGCGCCGGGAGAGGUACGAGUGAUACUAGAUCCUGAGGGAUUUAUAAGUUUCUAUGAUGGGCUUGAAAGUUUAGAGUUGAAGCGGCGAGCGGACGGUACGAGCUCUGGGCCGCGUUCACGGCACCGACUUUAUGGGAUCAGUCGCGAGGAUGCGAGGACGGUUCAAAGGCGGCUGGCCGAAGUACUCGAGCGGAAGAACUUGGAAGAUUGGCGAGUAGAUCCUGGUCAACCGGACUGGCGCGCGCUGGUCCUGACAAUCAUCCAGAGGUACAGUCCGCCGCUUGGCGAGCUGCAAUACCUCCUUAAAAGGGCGGAUUUGAAUGCAACCGAACAGGCCAUCGAGGUACGUGGAUUGGCGUACGAUAUCAUCAUGCCCUCGCUCGACUUCACGGACUGGGACCGCAAGGAUUCCGACUGGCUGUCCCGCGGAAUCUGCAGAUGUACUGCCGCUUACACCUCCACCGCGUGGCUCAAUCCCACCGAGCUGAGUCACUCGAUCCAGAUCAUCGUCCGGGCUGUCGAAGGCACGAUGGAACGGAUUUGUGAGACAAUCUACUCCCUCUUUUCGCAAACCAUCCAGUUGUCUCUCCCGCUUCACCCCUCGUUCUCCUUCAACUCCACCCUUGACUCCAUCGCCAAAUCCAAAAUUGCUGAAUGGCGUGAGCUGGUCGAAAGCCUCCAGAAAUGGCUCGGUUGGUCGUCAUGGACCCACUGUGACCCAAAUUGUAAAACUGAUGAGAUUUGUAUUCCACCCUUAGGAUCCUACAUUUUUGGAAAAGUGAUCACAAAUCUUACCAAUCAAUACCCCAUCUGUUCCAACUCUUCUUCCACAAACUCAUCUACAUACGACAUAGGUCUGUGA